UCAGGGUCGACUGAGACUGUCGCCAACUUGCGCCCUGGCAGAAUAUGGCAAUGGGACAGCCACGUAGGUACGCAGCCACCCCCCAGAAGGCCCAGACAUUACAUUUUCGGUGUGGAUGAGUUCCACCGUCGGUUCUCGGUUCCAGGUUCUAGGCCAGCAUGAUUAUCAACUGUCGCAUGUCAUUGGCACAGCUGCCGGAACGCUCCAAGCGUCGGUUGUCGGUGCCGUAUGGACCCUUUUUGAGUUAGCUGGGGCACCCGGAUUUCUGGAGACCCAUGGGCAGGAGAGAAGUGAAUAAUUACUCUUUACGCGCUCCUCAAAUCUACCCCGGAUCUAUCCAUCGCCUACCUAGUUCCCAAAAGCUCUGGUCGAUAUCACAUCCUACUGAGAAUCGCCUUUUCUUGCGCCUGCGACCUGUCCUCGUCCAAGCAUGAAGAUCUUGUCCACAUGGCGUCAGUUGACGCCCUAUUUGAUAUUCAACUGUUGCGUCUUUCUGUCUGGUGCUUUGAUGUUUGGCAUUGACACUGGCUCCUUUGGUUCAUUACAGGCGUUGCCGUCCUUCCUCGAUCGCUUCGGGAUUUUAAAUGACAAGGGAAACCACGUUCUGCCGCCCACCAGGAAAGCAUUGAUGAAUUCAUUGCCCUGGAUUGGCAAGAUCGUUGGCUGCUUCAUUGUCGAAAGGCUGAUCGAACUUGCGGGAUAUAAAAAGAGCAUGUACGCCGUCGGACUGGUGCAGAUCGUCGGCAUCAUCGUCGAACUGACCGCCAAAAAUUGGGUCCAAUUUACGGUUGGUCGCAUUAUUGCCUACCUUGCUGUUGGGUUGGUCGAAAACGUUGUGCCAGCCUACAACGCAGAGAUCUCUCCCGCUGCAGCACGUGGCCUCCUAUCAGGUUCAAUUAUGCUCUUGACCGGUCUAGGCAACCUCUGGGGAGCAGGUAUGUCGCGUGCCUACGCGACCGACUCUUCACAAAAGGGAUGGAUUAUACCGACUGCGAUGCAACUUGUUCCUGCCGUUACGUUCCUCGUGCUACUACCCUUCACGGUAGAGUCUCCAAGAUGGCUCAUCCUCAAAGGUCGUAAACAAGCAGCUAAAAAGGCACUCGACAAGAUCCGGUCUCGGCAUGAUGUGGACAACGGCGCCACAGCGGCUGAGGUGGACACUAUUGAGCUCAUGAUCGAGGAGUCUCGGGCUACUGAGCGGGCCAGCUGGCCAGAUAUCUUCCGUGGUAAUUACCUCCGACGCACCUGGAUCUGCGCAACUCUCUUUGUUAUUCAACAGUCCAAUGGAAACCAAUUUGUCCAAUCGUACGCUCCGACAUUUUACGUCCAACAGGGUCUUGGUUCUAUGUCAUUCACCUAUGCAAUUGUCGGUCAGGCUCUUAGCGUUGUUGGAUGUAUCUGCGGCCUUAUCCUUUUCGAUAUUAUCGGCCGUCGUCCGUUAUUCAUCUUCGGUAGUGCGGUGGCUUGCUUCUUAUUAUACCUCGCAUCCGGGCUUGGGUCAAUCCACAACCCGAAUCAAAGUGAGAGUAAUACUCUUAUUGCCUGCUUUAUGAUCGUCCCAGCAUUCACCAAGAUCUCGGGCUCCAAUUGCGCUUACAUUACAGGUGCUGAGAUCGGAGGACUACGAAUGAGGAAGAAAAUCAUGGCGUUCGCCACCGCUGUCGACGUAUUGGCCUCGUUCCUCGUAACGUUUGUUACUCCCUAUCUCCUACCGGGCAUGGGCAGCAGUAUUGGUUGGAUCUUCGGCUCUGUUGCAUGCUUUGCAGUCGUGUGGGGAGCACUCUUUUUCCCCGAAUUAAAGGGCCGGUCAUUAGAAGAGGUUGACGAGCUAUUUGCGGCCAAGCUCAAGGCCUGGCAAUUUAGCAAAUACCAGAGCCACGGAGCUGGCCGUUUCCUUGCCACUAUCGAGAAUGAUGGUGUGGUUCCCGAGGGCGUCGACGGGCAACAUGUUGAGAUUCUUCGGGCUGAUACAAAGGUUGUAUGCAAAUCUGGUGCUAUGACUCAAGAUGCGAGCUAAUCAUCUCUAAUGACAGGAGGUCACAGCGCAGCAUGCUCAUUGCGAGAGAAUCUAGAUGGCCGGGUGCUGUGAGCUAGUUCGAGAACCGAAAGACGCCACGCUGGUAAGCCGACGGACUGGAUGGAACAAUCUCCCCGCCCACGCACUUUUCGGCUCUGGCGUGGUUAUGGCAGCCUUGGGGAUGAUGACUUCACACCCUGUUUGAUCCCAGUGCGGUCGAGUGUGGUCGUUCAGACGGCAACGGAGGCUCUCAACAGUGCUUCGGCAAUCUAGAAGCGGUGCAAAAUGGCUCAGAUGGACUCUCAUUGCACGAUAUUAUUGAAUUAGUCGACAUUACCAUCGCGGCCCGGAGAUGGGGCCUUUCAGAUUGGACCAAAUCCGGUCGAUCCCAGGAAUGCUCUACGAGUUUUCUCCUACUUGGAAGUUGUCCCUUCGAGAGGUUCUUCUCUAGGAGUGCUUAAAAUAGGC